AUGAUAAAGCACUUCAUCAGAAAGGAAUACAUAAGCGAGCAGCAGGGUAAAACAAUGUUUAAUUAUAAUGCAGUCCCAGCCAGAUUUUACGGCCUUCCGAAGGUACAUAAACCAGUAUUGUCCCUGCGGCCAAUCAUUUCCAGUAUCAACACCCCCAUCACCAAAUUAUCCGCUCUGACGUCACAGAUCCUUUCUGACAGCAUGGAUGAUAACAACAGUACUCCAAACCAACACACAACAGACAUGCAGGAAGGUCUCAUCCAGAAUGGUAUGCUGGGUGAGUCCAGGGAGGUCUCAGAUGUAGAGGCGGACAGAGUAACGACACAGCAAAGGGACGAUAGUCCCACUCGGAAUGGCAUGCCGGGUGGGACUGGAGAGUUGGCAUCUUUAGAAGAAACACAACAGAUUGCAACACAUGAAGGUGAGAUCGCCGCUCAAGAAGACUUGCUUGAUGAAGCAGGUGAAUUCACAAGGGUCAAUUCAGAAGCACACAUAACACCUAGCAAUAGAGACAGGCUUAUCCGGAAUGGUAUGCCGGAUGAGACUUUGGAGACAACCACUGAUGAAGAAGAAAGAAGAUUAAUUUUUGUAGCGUUCCCACUCAUCCCUCAAGGCAAACGUCGCAACAAAUUAAAAAAAGAAUGGCACAACAUAAAAGUGACAUCAAACAUCCUGGAAAGGGCUGUGCUCUGGCUCAACACUGUCAUGACAACCAGCACAUGA